AUGUUAGAAGAACCAACUGGAAUUUUUAGAGGAAACUUCUCAUCAUCAUCGGAAAAGAGCUAUUACGCAGUCUCGUUCUUUGAGCCGAUGGGUGCAAGAAAAGCAUUCCCCUGUUUUGACGAACCUGGAAUGAUAGCCACUUUUGAGCUCACCAUUGGAAGAAAAAAAAAUUACAAUACUACAAGUAACAUGCAACUAGUCAAAUCCGAACCAAUGGAAGGUGAAGACGGAUGGUUUUUGGAUCAUUUUGUGAACUCGUUUCCAAUGUCCACCUACAUGCUCUGCUUCAUAAUAUACGACGCUGAAUUCGUGUUAACAGGAAAGCAAGAGGAUCAGAUAAAGAUCCUCGUUAGAAAAGAAAUGAGAUCCUCGAUGAGCAUGAUUCCAAACUCCCAGCAACAAAUUUUAUCACCACAAUCCUUAACGAACGAGAUCACCCAGGAAACUUGGUGUAGAGAUCGAGAUUACGUGCAAGAAGCUUUGUGCGUUCCGAUUGAACAAUCCAAGGUAACAGACGCUAAAGCAGAGACUCGUACCAAGUUGACAUUAUCAGUAGAGCUGAAAUAA